AUGUGGAAUGGAAUCCAAUCGCAUCAGCUUCUUCUCAACGAAGCAGGGAGUGCUGAGUAUAACACUGUGUUUGAGGGGCAGUAUGUUCUGUGUAGAUUGAAAAAAAAAUCAGAAGACGAGAAGAUCAAGAAAGGUGAACAAAAUCGCCAGAUUGCUCCAGUAUCUGAUUAUGAAGCUGAACCAAGUCAGAGUAUGGCUUCUGAUUAUGAAGAUAAAAGCAGAAGUGAGAUGACUUUGAAGUCAGCUUGUAAUGAAAGUAAAUUAAGCCACCAUGUGGCUUCUGAUCAUUUUGAAAAUCAAAACUCAAAUGAGCUGGUAAAUAACUCAGCUUGCCAAGUUAGUGAAUUUAGCCACUAUAUGGCUUCUGAUUUUAGAAAUCAGAACUCAAAUAAGCUAAUGUCUAAUUCAGCUUAUGAUGGAAGUGGGUCAAGCCACUCCCCGACUUUUAAUUCUGAAACCCAAUACUUGAAUCAGCCGACAGUUGAUUCAGCUUAUAAUGGAAGCAAAAGCCACUACAAGGCUUUUGAUUCUGAAACUCAAAUUUCAAACAAUAUUAUUAUUGUGCCAACUGAUGAGGAUCGGUUACUGGCUUUUGAGAAAUGGUUAAUGACACCUGAUUUGAAAAAUCAGGAAUUGCCCUUUCAACAUGAAGGUAAGCGCGGUCCUUCCGUGGCGAUUCCUUCAGAGUUUAUAAAAAAAUUAACUAGUGAUAGUGAAUCAACUAGCCUAAUGGCUUUUGAUUUUAACAGUCAAAAUCUAGACAAGGAAAUCGAUAUAUCAGCCUUCGACGAAGGUGACUGGAGUUCUCCCACAGCAACUCCUCCGGAUUUUGGAAAUCAAAAUCCUUGUAAGAAGACUGAUAUGUCAAGUACCCUUGAAGAAGAUUAUUCGAGUUUCUUGGAGGCCUCUUUUUCAGACAAUGAUCUAGCUGAUGUUGCGCUUCCAGAGGUAAGCCCUGAACUACUAGCAGAGCUGGAACGUUUUUUUGAGCAAGACAACAGCCCCAACACUGCACUUGAUCAGCUGCCUGUGUGCAUGGAGGAAAGCCACUCCUACAUGGCCUUUGAUGCCUGUGCAUCCACUUGA